AUGAUCACAUAAGGUCAACUCAAAGUCCAUCAUAAAUUAAUGUUAGACCUAAUGCUAAUCCUAGUUGAAGAUGAAAUACUCAUUAUUUCUACUUAAUGGCACUAUAAUGAACUUUAUAACAAAAAAGCUCUAUUAUGA